UUUCAAAACGUCAGUACGCGGGGGUGUGUAUCUAAUAAAAACAGUCUAAUAGUUAACUUUCUCCGUUUAAAUAAUAAUUAUUUAGUACUUUUAUAAUAAUUUUUCUAAAAGUAUUCUAAAAAUCGGAUGUUUAAGUAUCACAGAUUUAUGAAACUGUAUAUAAAAUAACAUAACCUAUAUAUGUAACAUUUAACAGUAAAUAGAAAAAUUAUUAUUAUUAUACAAAAAAAGAAAAUUUGACUUUUCUGUUUUUACUCAAGAAAAUAAUAGAGAAUGAACUCAGUGCCUCCUACUAAGCCUCCAAGAGGUAUUAAACCAACUAAAGAAACUAGUGGUUUAUUGAUCUCUGUGAUCCGUGCUUUGUCAGCAAGUGAAACUAAUGAACAACGAGAGAUAGAAAAAGCUAAACUUGAGAAAGAAUAUAAGAAGAGUGACCAAAGACUUGAUGAACUAGUAUCAUUACAUGAUCAAGAUCUUACAGAAGUUAUGCAAAUAUUUAGUGCUUUAUCAGAAAAGGUAACUGCAUCUAGAGAGAAAAUUCAUGCAGUUAAGGAAAAUUUGAAUGCCUGUAAACAAUUACUAAGAUGUAAAAGGGAAGAAUUAUUAAAUUUAUGGUUGGAGGGCAUUGAACACAAACAUGUGUUACAUCUUUUGAAAGAUGUGACACCUGAUUCUUGUACAAGAAUGUUACCUUUAACAGACACAGAUUCAUUAUCAGUAGCCACAUCAUACAAUGCAGCAUCAGACUGAUAAUUAUUAAGUUUAUUCAUAGAUAGUUAUAAACAAAUUGUAAUUUAAUUAUUUUUUAUUUGUAUAUUAUAAAAAAUAAAAUAUAAUAAAUUUUGA